AAGAAUAGUCUCCCUUGACCGGGCGAAUCUUCAAUAAGAAGGAAAGCGCUAAAUACAAAACAUCAAAUCACACAAAUUGGCAGUUUUUCUUUAAUGUAAUAUAGAACUUGAUACAUAAUUUUCAGAUCAAUUGAAAAUAUUGUUUGUUCUAUGGAUUGCUUUACCUCAAUGGAGUGAUUGACAACAGUAUCUUCAAGUGUAUCUAGUUGGACAGCUGCUUCUACAACAGACUAAUGACAGGUGUAACAGCAUUUGUAGAAGGCUGGGACUUUGUACAGACCCUCGGUGAGGGUGCAUAUGGAGAAGUAAAGUUGGCAGUUAGCAGUACAACUGAUGAAGCUAUUGCUGUUAAGAUAAUAAAUUUGAAGCGCAUACCUCAGGCUGAGGAGAAUGUUAAAAAAGAGGUAUGUGUACACAAAAUGUUAAACCACAAGAAUAUCAUCAAAUUCUAUGGUUUCCGCAAGGAUGACAACAUACAGUACAUCUUCCUGGAGUAUGCUAUUGGUGGUGAACUGUUUGAUAGAAUAGAACCUGAUGUAGGUAUGCCAGAAGCUGAUGCGAGUAGAUUUUUUAAACAGCUUAUUAGUGGAGUAGAGUAUUUACAUUCAAGGGGUGUUACACAUAGAGAUUUGAAGCCAGAAAAUUUACUGCUAGAUGAUUUUGACAACCUCAAGAUAUCAGACUUCGGUCUGGCUACAGUGUUCCGGUAUCAAGGUCGUGAGAGGUUGAUGGAGAAGUGUUGUGGCACCGUGCCAUAUGUUGCACCGGAAGUGAUAAGUCGUAAACCGUACCCUGCUGAACCGGCAGAUAUUUGGUCAUGUGGAAUCAUUCUAGUUGCUCUUCUGGCAGGAGAACUACCGUGGGAUGAGCCAACAUACGGUUGUGAGGAGUAUUGUAACUGGAAAGAUUGUAAGAUUACAUUGAGUCCCUGGAAAAAAAUCAAUACCCUAGCUCUUUCAUUAUUACGAAAAGUUUUUGUGGAAAAUGUGAAGAAAAGACGAACUAUUGAUGAGAUUAAGAAUCACCCUUGGUACAACAAAAACUUUAAUAAAAACAAAGGUUCUAUGAAUAACUGCUCAAGUUCACCGAGUGAUUCACCUUGUGGUACGGGACCAUUUAAACGUAUUUGCUCAGGUAUCAACAUGUCACCUACAAAAUUUAAAUCAGACAGUGAUACGUUACAAAUAUGUAGUUCACAACCUGAAUUACCGCCUAUACCAAUGAAGGGGCAGUCAUCUAACGAAGUUGAUUUAGGACCAGUUAUCAGCUUUUCUCAACCACUACACCCUGAUCAUAUGUUACUGUCUAGUCAAGUCCAGGGUACACCUGGCAGCUGCUCUCAGAAUCCUAUGCAGAGGCUUGGUAGACGUAUGACACGAUUCUUUGUAAAGACAGAUAAGAAUGAGACGUUAACAGAGAUGGAUCGUAUAUUUGAGAGUCUAGGGUACGCAUUUAGGAGGAGCAGUCCAGGCAUUACAACUGUUAAUUUGAAGGACAGGAGGGGCAUGCCUCUAGUGUUUAAGGCCUGUCUACUGGAAAUGGGAGAAAAUCUGUUGCUGGACUUCAGAUUAUCAAAGGGUGAUGGUCUACAAUUCAAGCGACAGUUCAUGGAAGUGAAGAAUUUGAUGAAGAAAAUCAGUUGUAAAGUUCCACAGUUCCACUCAGUUUUUCCAUCUAAUAAACCAUCUUGACCUUCAUAUGAACAUUUCACCAAAUCAUUCAUACUGACUGUUAACACAUCUCAAUCUCACAGUCUCAUUACAUAUUUGUAAUAUUCAACAUUUUAGCCAUUGUUGAAUAUCAUUUUAUCAUGGCAGCUGUUGUGACAUUCAACUCUGGGUAGCCAUUAAUGAUGGCAACAUAUCUGACAUUCAAAACACAUAAGCCAUUGUUGAAUAGUGUUUACUUUGACUGCUGUUGUAGCUAUCAACAUUGCCAUUAAGGAACAUAUAUGAAAAUGGCAACUUACUUGAUAUUUGAAACACAUUUUAGAAGUUUUAGCUAAUAGCCGCUUAUUUGACAUUCAAUACAUAUUGGUCAUUGUGAAAUGUUUUUCUACUGUGGCAGCCAUUGUGCCUAAAACAGCUAAUGUAGCACAGUUUUAUGCAUCUAUUGUGGCACCAAUUUUAAACACAAACGUAACACCAUGGCCAGUAUUUGAUAAUGACUGCUGCUGAAUUUCAUUUAAAAUAAAAACUUCAAAAUUUGGUGUUCAUAUGAGCAGCCAUUCUUUAAUAAGUUAAAUUUAGUUUCGCAUUUGAUAUGGGUAGCUCAGUAAAGCAACUAUUUUUGGAGUCAAUUUCAUGUUUAGAAGUAAUUUUGAUAAUCUCUAUAGUUACAACAUUGUCUGGAAUAAAUAUCUUCUAAAGAGUUAUAAAACUCUUGGAAUAUAUUAAUAUUUUCAGGCAAAGGAAAAAAAAAGCUUCUUUUUCA